CAAAGAGAACCCACCUCGGAUUUAAGACAACUUGCUCAUACCAUCAAGAUCAUUUCCUCACUCACCACCAUUCGGCUUUGUCAAUUGAGACUCGAGCCGCGACAGUCAGAGCCAUGGCAUCUCACAAGAAGUUCCUCAAAGAUAUCGCUGAAGCAAACGAGGCCGUGACAGCAGAAAUCGACGAGCUGGUUGCAAAAAUCGAUAACAGAACGGAAGAAACUGCGUCUACAACCACAAAAAUUAUAUUGCGCAAAUUGCACGACUCACUUAUCCGCAUCUGUGAGCAUCGCGGCCACCCUCGUACGCCUAACAAGACGAUUCUCGACGCAUACCGCAGUUUCCUCGAGCCCAUCACAACACUCUCCAAGCUACCUUCUGGCGACUUCAUCACUGCACGCAUGUUUGUUUAUUUAGCGGAAGCCAUCUCAAGCGAGGGUGCCCUAGAAAGGAAAUUCAUCAAAAGCAAGGCUCGUACCACGACUGUGCCCUUAUACGAGCUCUGCACUGCUUUGGACGACGCUCUGUUUGAACCGCUGCGGAGAAUGUGGGCUGCAAGCAACAAAAGCGAGGAUUACUGUUGGGUAUUUGGAGAUUACACACUGCUGUACCAUCACUCACCCGGACUCCCCAAUGUCCAGGAAGAAAUGGCUCGAAGGAGCGAGCUCGCUCAGGCGCUGACACCAGCAGAGCUCGCAGCUCUUGGUGGUAUUAAGGAUCGAUCCUACCUAUUUUCGAAAAAUGUCAAAAACCAGAAUUGGCUUCCUCUGCCAAAAGACCUCCAGGAUCUCAGCCCAGACAUGUCCAAUACAGAGAAACUUAUCUUCAAGCAACUCGCGCCAGAUGGGCCGAUUCGCAACGGGAUGGAGUUUCACACGGUUGAUGCGGAACAAAAUGAUCAUGAGACUUGGCGCCACAUCGAUAUUCUUCGUCGCUCCAGGCAGUUCAUUUUGGACGCUCACCAUAUUACUGCGCCCAUCUCCACUGACAAGAGUUACCGUCUUGCGAAGCGAGCACUUGCAGAAGCUGGCUUUCCCCCAGAAAUUCUAAUGUACAUCUUCAGGUAUCUCGAUCCACCGAAAGUCCAUCCUUACCUUCGCCAGGUAGACAUUGCGUCUGCGUACGUCCCCUUUCCCGAAUCGACUGGCUUGUGUGCGGAAUGCAAGUCAAGAAAGACUGGCGCGGCAAAUCGCCGAUUGAAGUUCACCUGUCCAGGUGCCAGCAUCUAUCUCUGGAAUCUUGCCCUGCGCGCUUUUCAUGUGUUUCACCAACACACUGCAACAAGCUGGCGACUCUGCAGACAUGGGCUUGAUUGUGAAGGACACCACAACGAUGGCAGUUGGGAAAUCAACGCAGACGACCAAGUUGUUGAGUUGGCAGAGGCGAUUAUCGCGGACCGCUGUGGAACUCCAAGGACGCUUGAGCAGGUUGGACUUGGUCAAGACCCCAACUGCAAACUUGCCCGCCGGAAAGACGACGAAGAGAGGCAGAAGAAACUGUUCCCUCGAUGGCCGCAAUUGAAAGACUUCAAAAACGAAUCAGAGAUGAGCGGGGGUGUUGGUGGAUUGAUAGAUACCAUGAUGCAUCAGAGGCUGCUGGUUGGUGCAUGGGACUCCGGACACGUCGUAACGGAUCCUUCUUGGUCAUGGUCCCGCAACAUGGUUGACAAGAAGAGAGCCGAAGAUGCAAUUGGUAGUAUUCACAGUCGGUGUGAUUUAUGUUAACACGACUCUGGAGAGAGGAACCGCCAUUUACCUUCAACACCGUUAUUGAUUAUCCCGUUGUAUUUAUUCUUCACAUUAUGUACUGUGUUUAACAAUCUCGUUAUUUCUGCUGGAGUAUCUUUAAUGCCAUCCUGCGCUGUGCAUCGCGUGGUGAUUUGGAUUAGGGAUGUCUGGGUCACUUCUAC